AUGCAGUUCUCAGCGGACUUCACGUAUGUGACCACCGGGGUGAUGAAGCUCCGCAGCCACAAGAACGCCUGUUUGCUGGAUGGGCUUUGGCGUGUGGAGUACCCGUCCGAGAGCGGGCGGAGUCCGGUGGUGAUCCGAGUCCAGGGUGGAAUGUGGGAGAUGAGGGGUUCGCGCUACUGGCUGACUCUGACGGACCCCUCGAAGCCUUGCUUUGUCUGGCGGGGGCUGGGCGUGGUGCAGACCUGUCAGAUGCCUCCAACGGCGCUGGCAGAGGGGGACUGCCUGCUGUGGGUGGCUUGA